AUGUCAGUCACCAAGAGAAUAGUGGUUUGUGGUGGGAAUGGAUUUUUGGGUUCAAGAAUUUGUAAAUCAGCAGUUGCAAGGGGAUGGGAUGUUACCAGUAUCAGUCGAUCAGGUGAACCAACUUGGUCUUCAGUGUCAUCUUCUUCCACACCACCCGCGUGGUCUCACAAAGUAACUUGGGAACGCGCCGAUAUUCUCAAACCAUCUACCUACGCUCCUCUCCUCAAAUCUGCAGACUUUGUCGUCCAUUCUAUGGGUAUCCUUCUUGAAGCAGACUACAAAGGUGUCAUAUCUGGUCGCGAAUCCCCCAUUUCCGGACUCUCUCGCGCAUUUUCUUCAUCUAAAGCAGGUUCCCAAAAUCCCUUGACUCGUCAACCAGGCGAGGACUUACAUUCUCAAGAGAAGGACGGUCAAAUAACCUACGAACUGAUGAAUCGAGAUUCUGCCAUUACACUCGCUUCUGAAUCCUACAAAGAAAACGUUCCCGCAUUUGCAUAUAUAAGUGCAGCAGGCGGAGCACCAGUUUUACCUCAAAGAUAUAUAGAUACGAAGCGUGCCGCCGAAAGUACGAUUGCCAGCGAGUUCCCACAGAUGAGGAGUGUGUUUAUUAGACCUGGUAUGUUAUAUGAUAGUUCGAGGAAGAUUACUAUGCCAUUGGCUGCGGCGACAGGUUUGGGUGCUGUUUUCAAUGGGCUCACGGGAGGAAUAUUUGGGGGAAUCAUGGGGGCUGCAGGCGUCAAACCGCUCAAGGCGGAUGUGGUUGCUGAAGCCGUUGUGGAGGCUUUGAGUGAGGAAAGUGUCAAAGGUCCUGUUGAGGUCAAGGAGAUUGAAGAAUUGGCUGAGAAAGCUUGGAGAAAGGGGAUGUUAUAA